GUUGAACUAAGACAGGAAAACGAUAAUGAAGCAAAUGCCAUGUUUUGUGUUUUAUGCGCUUUUCUUGACCCUUGGCGGCAAAUCAGCAGGUAAGAAAAAGAUUUCUUGAACCCUCAUGCAGUUUCUCGAAGGCCUCCCAGUAAUUCGAACCAAAUUAAAAUUGACAUCCCUUCCCCGAAUUAAACACUGUUUAUACCCAAAAUUUUCCGAACUCCGGAUAACUCGAACCGAGGACUAAAUUCCCUUUUCUGAGUCAAACACUGAAGUCUUACUGCCAAUUUUUCAAACCUCCCGAUAAUUCGAACUAAUUUUUCUUCCCUAGGAAGUUCGAAAAAUGGGGUUUUGAACUGUACUUGUCGCGUUAUUUCUCAUACGGUUCUUUGUUUCGCUUUAACUAACUCUUGUUUUCUCUUAUUGUCAAAAGCUCAAGAGAAGAGGGCACUUCCUAACCCUUACAAUUCCUUUGCUAGCGACUUGAACACCUGUCUUUUCAACGACUGGGCUGGUGUCUUGGAGACACCCGGUGCAUGUAAUGAAGAAGGUGAUGUCCAACUCUGUUAUGGGAGACACAACCUAAACAAGGCACUCUUCGCUGUCUGUUUCAAUAAACUAACGCGUAUUCCAAAAUUUACUGCAAACGUUUAUAAAAAAGGUGGUACUGAGGGAGAGGAAAACAUGAUAGGGAAUCAGGAAUGUUACGAAGACGCAUGGAAAAUAGAAAGUGGAUCAGGUAAAACUUUGCUGAAAGACUAAAAUAUUAUCUUUAAGCUCAGUGCAAGGCUGGUUGGAUAGCCUGAGAAAACAGCCGACAUCUCGCGACGCCACCACUGAUUGGCCCGCAAAUUGCUUCAUCCAAUCAGAAGCAAUACCCAGAUUUGGGAAGUGGCAUGUCAACAGUAUGGAACUUUUGCGCUCGUUUCUCAGAGGUCAUUUCGCGGGGAAUAAAAACCAGAGAUGGAGUCGCGAAACGUCGACUGUUUUCUCAGGCUGCUGAUUGAACAGCUAUGAAGAGAUGUUUUAUUGCCCGAUGAGGGUUCUUUCGAUUCGAGGACGAGAACGAGUACGAGUCGAGAUUUGAUUUGAAGUUUUUCACUCACUCCGAACACACUCCAGUAUUCUUAAUUGUUCUGUUUUUUCACCAGAAAAGUUAGCACUUUUGUCUUUAUUGGUGGAGGUUAAUCCCUCUUCCGUUUGCAAAACGAUAAAAAUUCUAAUAUUUGAUAACAUGUUAGAGCGAUUUUCGUAUGACCUUGAAAAAUGGUUUAGGUAAGUGUUCGUUAUUUGUUUUAUCAGCCAAGGGAUGAAAAGAUCAAAACAUGGACCCUUCGUUUUCCCGCCAAAGGAAACCAUACAUGUAAUAUGGAGAAGGCAUUAUUCGAUUUGCCAAUCGUGUUGCAGUAUGACUUCAAAGCGAAGUCUCGAUUGAUUUCUAGAAAGUUCUUCGAGCAUGAAGUUUUUUCACCCGAGCGUUCGCUUAACCAACCAAAAGCCACGCGCGUUUGUAUCCGUUCGAUAAACCAAUCAAAUCGCUCUAUUUCCGUUCUUUUUUGUUUCUGUUUUGUUUGCGUGUUUUCAUUUUAAGGUCAUACGAAAAGCGCUCUACCUCCACUACGACAUUCUCGCUAGAACUUGUAGUAGAAUGACGACGGCUGUCACGUUUUCGUGCCCAAAUGACGCUGGUUCACGUUUGCGCACUCCUUAGUAUUGAGAAAAUCUCUUACUCGUUGUCGUAAUCGUCUUAGGGCCUGUUUACAUGGAGUGUGGGACCCCGGUCUAGUGGGGCUGGUUUCUUUUGUUUACACGCCCUGGGGGACACAAAACAAAAGAAACCUACCGCACUAGACCGGGGUCCCCCACUCCAUGUAAACAGGGUCUUAGAAUCUGAAGGCAACACAGUUUGAUUGAUUCAGGGUGACUGCCUUUAUUUUGUGCGUCUAGAUCGUAUUGGCGCAUGCUUGUCAUGCCAUCAGGAUCGCUCGUUGAGUGCUCAUUUUUAAUAAAAUUAGACCAUGGCACAUUGGCUAAUGCCCCCUUUCACACCAAAGUUUAAACAUGUUUAAACGCUGUUCAGUUAAACACGGUUUAAAUUUGUUUUCUUUGUGAAAGCUGCGUACUGUGCUCUUAUUGAUGGUAUUAGAAUUAAUUUGAAUUUUGUGCUAAAGCUUGCGUUUGAGUUUUCCGUUACUGAUUUGUGCUCUUCAGUUUUAAACUUAGUUUAAUUAAACCUGUUUAGUUGGUGUGAAUGGGGCAUUAAGUCGGCCUUAAAUGCCUGUUCAUUAAAAUAUUUGCAGGAGCGUCAGCGAAUGUAUCACUGACAUUCCGGCUUUGGUCGGAAUAGAAAUUCGACGAUACGCGUAUAAAAAGUACCGUUAAGUAUUUUAAUGCCAAUAUUCAAAUACUUAACAAAAAAAUACUUCAUAAUAUAAAUUAACGAUUAUUUUAUAACAUAUAUUCAAACAGUAUUUGAAGGGUGGAUUCCGAACGAAUACAUAAAAACCAAAUGAGUCCCCAGUCCAAAGAUGCGAAACAAACAAAAGAAAAAAAAAACAAAAGAAAAAACAAAAAUGAAAAGUAGGACCGUAGAGGGGAAAUUGUCAUCAGGCAGCCAUAAACACUAACAUUUUUUAGGUGAAUUUUGCAGGCAUACCAUUACUUGAAAAAGGUGGGCCAGCUCAGUGCAAUUUCAAGUUUCAAUCCAUGUCAAUCCUUUCCAUUCGUUGAACAGAUGAUAGGAAACAGUUUCAAUGCUUAAAUAAGUCUUGGAUAAAAAAAAUACUGUACGAUUAUUUUUGGAACUCAAUUAAUGCGAAGACAAGUUUUAGCUUUUUAAAAAGUGAGCAAAAUAUCUUGACGUAGCCUCUUACAAUAGCCUUCUCUUUGACAACAAUGUUGUGAAUGGUAACUGAUUCAAAAGAUGUAAAUGAACACUGACAACAGUCCGUACAAAGCACAAAAUCUAACAGCAACUGCUGUUAGCAAUUGCUGUAGCAGCACUAAGGGCCGUAACUUCUAAGAUUUUAAUGAAAUCUUGAAGACCUGUACAACGAUCUCUCUAAAAGGAACACGUUAAUUUACUUAACAAUCAUUAAUUAUCAUUGUUUGUUCGUAGGGUUUACCCCAGCCGAUCAAGCAACAAACAAUGAUUACGACGAUGAACGUCAAAAGGCUUUACUUGGCGCAGACAGGUUCAGUGGGAUCGAAAAUCGUUUUUUAGGGAAAGGUCAUCUGACUCCUGACGGGGAUUUCAAAAAAGAUGGAAAUUGUGAAAAGAGUUUUACAUAUAUUUAUACCAACGCUGCACCGCAAUGGCAGUUGUUUAAUGCAGGGAACUGGGCGGCCCUUGAAGGGGCCAUUAGAAGCUAUACUGACCGUCCAACUGUUCCACCAGUAAACACGAGAACUUUGUACAUCUUCACAGGAACAGGCGGUGGGUUUGUAAUUUUUAGGCAACGUUCACAUGACACCGAACGAAUUUUCCGGCGACCGGCUGAAAAACUGGACAGGUCACCAAUUAGUUCACACGGAACUUUGAACGGCUAGGCGUCUAAGUUUUCGAAGGGUUAAGGUGAUUCCGUGUGAACAGAACUAACAUAAAUGCACGAAUUUUCAACCUAUCGAAAAUUCGUCCGGAGCCUUGUGAACGUAGCCUGAAGAAAAUGAACGCUCUUUCGCUCACGCGUUAAGACUAUGUGACUGUUAGCACCUGCUUGGCUAGCUCUUGUUAAGGGCCUGAUUACAUGGCAUGCGCCGGACUGGCCCGAUUUGCCGAGGCAACUUUUAGCCCCGAGAACGGGACUUCAGUUAACCGGGCUGGGUUCGUUGUCGUGUGAUGUCAAAGUUGAUUUUUAUUGUGUUUAAUUAACGUACCUCGAUAUUUUGGCAAAGUGAGCCAGCCCGGAAAAUCGGAUUAGCCCACGGGCUCAUGAUAUUAGGCCCUAAAUUAGACCAAUUUCUGCUUUUCGGUUUGAUCUGUUAAUAUUUCUUAAAAUUACACUCGUUGAUUUUUAUCUCAUUCCUUUGAAAAUACGUUAAAAUGAUUUUUUUAAAAAUUCGUUUCGCAGUUACAUCUAUGUUUAAGGUAAUCAUCUCUGAUUUUUUAAAGUGUAUUUCAAAGUUACUUUUUUAUGCUUUUAAGGUGGUGCAGCGCAAUACAACGGAGCAAACAUUGGUCGACUGAACAACAAAAUCGAGGUCCCAAGAUAUUACUGGAAAGCCGUGUGUGAUCCCCAGGCUCAGCAGUCUAUUGUCUUUGUUGCUGAAAACACACCUGGUAUUACAGACCCCACUGCAGUCAACGGUUGCCCACUUACUUAUCACAAACAAGGCCAAACCUACAACAAUAAACCACAACAGAGAAACAUGGGCGUAAUACAAUGCUCCUCGGUAGACGAUGCAAAAGCCGCCCACCCCCUUUUUAAACUACCAACGUUCAAUCCCGCUGUCUGCGGUCCGCAAAACGUGAGAGGCAAUUUCCUCGACCAAUACCUUGCAGAUAAAUUAAAAUGA